GUCGAGGCGAACGCGGACGCGGACGCGAUUACGACCGUCGAGUUUGACGGCGACGGCGGCCUCGUCGCUCUGGGCGACCGGGGCGGCCGCGUGGCCAUCUUCGAGCGCGACGAGUCGAGCCGCCUCCCGCGCUACGCGCCGCUCUGCGAGUUCAAGAGCCACGACCCCGAGUUCGACUACCUCAAGUCGCUCGAGGUCGAGGAGAAGAUCAACCAGAUCCGGUUCUGCCGCGGCCUGGGCCGGCGGUCCUGCCGCCUGCUGAGCGCCAACGACAAGACGAUCAAGCUCUGGAAGGUGCACGAGCGCCGCGUCGACGGCGUCGGCGACCUCAACGGGCCCGGGUUCCGCGGCCGGGGCGGCCGGCUCCGCGUGCCGCGCGUCGUGCCGCGCGGCCGGGCCAUGGCGGCGACGCCGGCGCGCUGCUACGCCAACGCCCACGCCUACCACAUCAACUCCGUGAGUGUCAACAGCGACGGCGAGCACUUCGCGUCCGCGGACGACCUGCGGAUCAACCUGUGGAACCUCGAGGUCGACGACCGCGCGUUCAACGUCGUCGACCUGAAGCCCGCGAACAUGGAGGACCUGACGGAGGUCAUCACGUCGGCGGCCUUCCACCCCGUGGACUGCGCCGUGCUCCUCUACGCGUCGUCCAAGGGCACGAUGAAGCUCUUCGACCUCCGCGACGGCGCGCGGUGCGACCGGCACCGCGUCGCGUUCGACGACGGCCCGGCCGACGACGCGGCGACCAAGUCCUUCUUCUCCGAGAUCGUGAGCUCCAUCUCCGACGCGCGCUUCUCGCCCGACGGCCGCUUCGUCGUGAGCCGCGACUUCCUCUCGGUCAAGGUCUGGGACUGCCGGUCCGACCGCGCGCCGCUGAAGACGAUCCUCGUCCACGAGCACCUCCGGCCGCGGCUCUGCGACCUCUACGAGAGCGACUGCAUCUUCGACAAGUUCGAGGUCGCCGCGGGCCGCGACGCCGACGCCGUCGUCACGGGGUCCUACGGCGACGCCGCGCACGUCUUCGACGGCGCGGGGCGGAGCGUUGAGAUCGAUUUGGACCUCGCGGCCGCGAGCGCGGACCCGCCGCUCGGCGCGGCGCUGCGCGCCGACGCGGGCGGCGCGCUCUGCCCGACGUCCGGGCCGAGCCCGCCCAGCGCCUGGCGACGACACCUCUCGGGCGUGUCGCACGGCGUCGCCGGCGACCCGAACCUGAUGCCGCUGACGCCGUCGCACGCGAAGCCGCCGCGGCCCGCGCACGACGCCGUCGACUUCCGGAAGCGCGUGCUCCACGUCGCCAGCCACCCGACGGAGCCCACGUUCCUCGUCGCGGGCCUCGACCGCGCCUACCUCUUCCACCUCCACCAGGGGCCGGGGUCCAGCGCCGCGUCCGACGACACCGCGGGCAACGCCUAG